AUGGGAAAGCACGCUAAACCAUCAUACUAAAAGCUAAAACUUAAUCCUAUUAAGGCAGGAGCUAAGCCAGGAUUUGAAGCUACUGCUAAAGAAAAGAAUAAAAAGAAAAAUAAAGGUAUCAAGAAAUCAUAUUUGCACAUCAAUCCAACAGAUAUCAAGUGUAAAGAAAAAAGAAUAGAGAUCCUAUAAAAAAAGCAAAAGGAGUAAAAGAAACUUAAAAAAAAAGAGCGUAAGGAAAGAGUAGAAGAGCAUAAAUAAACUGGUUAAGAAAAAUUAUAAACAAUUACCACAGAUGAUAAAAAAGAAAUUGAUGAAAACUUUGUUUUUGAAGAUGAUGAAAAUGACCAAGAAUUGUAAAAUGAUGAAAAGUUUGACGAAUUCGCUAGUUAUUUUGAGGGUGACUAUGAACCUAAAGUUUUAAUGACUACCAGCUAACGUCCUCACAGCGACUUAUUCGAUUUUAUGAAGGAAAUAAAAACAACAUUCCCUAAUUGUCAUUACUAUCCUCGUGGGGCUUUAACAGUAAAGGAAGUAUGCGAAUAGGCUCCACAAAAAGGAUAUACAGAUGUCAUGAUUUGGAGAGAACAUAAAAGAAAGGUAGCUGAACUCAUUUUAAUUCAUCUUCCUAAAGGUCCAACUGCUGUAUUUAAAGUUACCAGCGAAAAGCUUAAUGAAGAUAUAUAUGGUCACGGUAGACCCACUGACCAUUACCCAGAACUUAUCCUUAAUAAUUUUAACACAAAGCUUGGUAGAAGAAUCGGAAGAUUUUUUGCAAGUUUAUUCCCUUAAAAACCUGAUUUUAAAGCUAGAACUGUAGUUACAUUCCACAACUAGCGUGACUUUAUAUUCUUCAGACACCAUCGUUAUUAAUUUUAAGAGAUAGGAGAAGACCAUAAAGAAGGUAACGAAAAAGUAGAAUUAUAAGAAAUAGGUCCAAGAUUUACACUUAAGCUUAAAAAAAUGCAACUAGGUACAUUCGAUUAUAACUUCGGUGAUAUUGAAUUCGAAGCUAAAGAUAAAAUGUAUGAAUCAAGAAAACGUGUUUUUAUAUGA